UUAUACACGCAAUUGCAGAUCCGCAGUAACAUUGCGCUGGUAAAUCCGUCAGCAGCAAACUUGAGGACUGCGCUCCUCCCCUAACCCUAGGGCGUAGCAAUGGCGAUCCGGAAGCUGCUCGCUCUCUCUCGCCGUCCACUCCUCCUCUCCGGCCGAUCUGCGUCCACUGCUGCGGCUCUCGCUUCUCACGAUGCAGCCGAGUUAUCCACCUCGCCCGCUAGCCCCCCCGUGAUGCACUACGACCGACUCGUCCAGGCCGUCAGAUCAAAGAUCCGGAGCCUCGACGAUCCCGAUCCCCGCUUCCUCCGCUACGCCUCACCCCAUCCCGCUCUCGCUGAUCAUACUUCCAUCCUAGCAGCUCCGGAGACCCGCGUCACCACACUCUCCAACGGCCUCCGCAUCGCCACCGAGUCCACGCUCGCAGCCCGUACUGCCACCGUCGGGGUGUGGAUCGAUGCUGGAAGUCGAUUUGAGACGGAGGACACUAAUGGGACCGCCCAUUUCCUGGAACAUAUGAUCUUCAAGGGCACCGAGUCUCGGACGGUGCGGCAGCUGGAGGAGGAGAUUGAGAACAUGGGCGGGCAUCUGAAUGCUUACACUACAAGGGAGCAGACAACCUAUUACGCCAAUGUGUUAGAUAAGGAUGUGCCCAAGGCGCUUGAAAUCCUUGCCGACAUACUGCAGAAUUCACGUUUUGAUGAGAAGCAAAUUGAACGGGAGCGGAAUGUUAUCCUCAGAGAGAUGGAAGAGGUGGAGGGACAAACUGAAGAAGUUAUUUUUGAUCAUUUGCAUGCUACUGCCUUCCAGCACACCUCACUUGGAAGGACAAUCCUUGGACCUGCUCAAAACAUCAAGACAAUUACUAAAGAGCACCUUAGGAAAUACAUCUCAUCUCACUACACCAGCCCUAGAAUGGUCAUAUCAGCUGCCGGUGCUGUUAAGCAUGAUGAUAUAGUUGAGCAGGUCAAAAAGCUUUUCAUGAAACUGUCAGAUAAUCCUACUACAACAACCCAGUUGAUUGAGACGGAACCCGCUAUUUUCACUGGAUCUGAGGUUAGGAUAAUAGAUGAUGACAUUCCACUUGCGAAAUUUGCGGUUGCAUUUAGUGGGGCGUCUUGGACAGAUCCAGACUCCAUUGCUUUAAUGGUUAUGCAAUCUAUGUUAGGUUCUUGGAAUAAGAAUGCUCAUGGUGGAAAGCAUGCAGGUUCAGAGUUGACCCAAAGGAUUGCCAUCAAUGAUAUUGCUGAAAGUAUGAUGGCCUUUAAUACAAACUACAAAGAUACUGGUCUCUUUGGUGUUUAUGCUGUUGCCAAGCCUGAUUGUUUGGAUGACUUGGCCUAUGCAAUUAUGGGUGAGAUAAGCAAACUCUCCUAUAGGGUCUCAGAAGCUGAUGUUACUCGAGCACGCAAUCAGCUAAAAUCUUCUGUUCAACUUCAUAUGGAUGGUACAAGCCCUGUUGCCGAGGAUAUCGGCCGACAGUUGCUUACUUAUGGUCGAAGAAUCCCAGUAACUGAGCUUUUUGCAAGGAUAGAUGCUGUUGAUGCAAACACUGUUAAACGUGUUGCAAACCGCUUUAUUUUUGAUCAGGACGUUGCACUUGCAGCCAUGGGACCAAUCCAAGGGCUCCCAGAUUACAACUGGUUCAGGCGCCACACCUACUUGCUUCGAUAUUGAUUCUUCUCUCAUUUUUUUUUAUUAAUGUUUACAUUCUCGGUUUGUGAUUUUUCCCGGCCGUUUCCAUUCUUGUUAGUGAUCAUGAAUCACUAUGAAACUUUGGAUAUCUGAAAAAGAUUUUGCUGUUUUACAUGUACACACAUUUUCUGUUACAUUCCCAAAUUAAAUAAUGAAUGCCAGAUUUAAUCUAAA